CGGCCAGUGGAGGGCCGAGGGCGUCGUCGCCUCCCCUCGGCCGGGCGCCGGGAAGAUGGCGCUGUCCAGGGGGCUGCGGUGCUGCCAGCGGGUCUUCGGCUGGGUGCCCGUCCUCCUCAUCGCCCUGGUCGCCCUCUGGUCCUACUACGCCUACGUCUUCGAGCUCUGCCUGGUGACUGUGACCAAUGAAAUAGAAAAAGUGGCCUACCUCGUCAUAUUCCAUGUGAUUUUUGUCUUCUUCGUAUGGACAUACUGGAAGACUAUAUUCACUCCUCCCCAGCAACCGGACAAAAAGUUCCACAUGUCUUACACGGACAAAGAGCGCUACGAGAAUGAAGAGAGGCUGGAGGGCCAGAGGCAGAUCCUGGCCGAAAUGGCCCAGAAGCUGCCCGUGUACACCAGAACCAGGAACGGCGCCAUCCGAUUCUGUGAUAGAUGCCAACUCAUCAAGCCGGACCGCUGCCACCAUUGCUCCAUAUGUGCCAUGUGUGUCUUAAAAAUGGACCAUCACUGCCCUUGGGUAAACAACUGCAUUGGAUUUUCGAACUACAAAUUCUUCCUGCUGUUUUUAGCCUACUCCCUCUUGUACUGCGUGUAUAUUUCUGCAACCGUGUUCAAGUAUUUCAUCAAGUAUUGGACGGGAGAACUGACCAACGGACGUUCCAAGUUCCACAUCCUUUUUCUCCUUUUUGUGGCAAUCAUGUUUUUCGUUAGCCUCCUGUUCCUCUUUGGCUACCACUGCUGGCUCGUCAGUCAGAACAGGUCUACAUUGGAGGCUUUCUCUGCCCCGGUGUUUCCAAACGGCCCGGAUAAAAACGGAUUCAACCUCGGCUUUGUGAAAAACCUCCAACAGGUGUUUGGAGAGAAAAAGAAACUCUGGCUGCUACCUGUUGCAUCCAGCCAGGGUGAUGGGCACUUUUUCCCAACCCGCACUUUGAGUGAAGCGCGUAAUCCGCUGCUGGCGAACGAGGAGCAGUGGGAGGAAGACGGCUCGGAGGACGACAGCCACGGCAAAGAAACAGAAUGUACUCCCAAUCAGAUCUGUUCUGAGGAUGGCUUCAUCUUUUCCCAUCCCCACUUGGAUUUCAGCUUCCUUCCCUCAUCAGCUUCCUCCCGUGGCGGAAGCAUGUGGUUCUUUCAGGACAAGCGGCCUUGGGGCCCUGAUGCGAAUCCUGGCUGUCUGAGAUGGUUCUUCAGGAUGCCUGCACCAGGAUGCUUCUCAUGAUCAUACUACUGAUUCGUAGUAGCACAGCUCUGGAAUUUUUAAGGACAUCUUUGACUUUUUCCUUUUAAACGUCUUACCUGGAAGGAACAAAACAUGUUUGCAUUUCCAGAUGCCUUAAUGGCAGUUAGCUGACACCGUGGAUGUCCCUUCGUGUCCCGUCUUACCACUAACAAGAACAGUUCUGCAACCGAGGAAUGGAGGAGGAGGGGCAUCCGGACAACCUGAUGGCAUGCGUAUGGGCAGAAAUCAUGGUUUGCCAUAUCAGACCUUGUUCAAAAACCUGGGUGAGUACUCACCUCUCCCUCCCGUGAGCUGAAUCUCUCCCUGCCAUUUUCUUCAUCACUACCUUUGAUUCUGCUAAGAACUCUUGCCAUUUUGGGGUCUAAAAAGGUAUCCUUCUUGGCGUGGUGUAAAGAUGUGAUGAGCCUUAAAGCACAAUCUUUGUGGCAGGUGCCUACAGUUCUACAAAGCUGGCCGAGAACGAAACCGACAAGCACAACUUGAAAGACUAGGCACAUUUCCGACACAGCCCACUGGCCUUUGACCUCCGCUACUGCGUGCCCAGGACUUGCCGCGGUGAUCAGGCUGUAGCUGCACCAAGAACUCGUACAACGGUGUGCAUCUCUUAAUGAAUGUUUCCCCAGGGACGGGAAACAUUUCCCCUUGUUUUGCAUUACGGUUCCCAGAAGCCCAUAGCCAUCGUGGCCACGCGAGCCAUAGGAUUCUGGAACUCGUCAUCCAAAAGGAAUGUUCCCCAUCUCUGCAUUUUCCCUGCACAUCGAAAAGUAGCAUACCAGGAAGAGGGGUCUCAGCCUUGCCACUUUCCUGCCAUGUUACUUCCCUCUGUGUAGAAGGAACUAUUCUGUACAGUUGGACGUUCGAUCAUGUGAGCCUACUGCUGGUUGGACCAAAACAGCUGGAACGCAGUCCUGUUCCACAGAUUUCUAAAUCACUGCCAGAAUCCUGUUGGUGUUGGCAUAAAAUUUGCGUAACUUAUCACCACCGAUUGCAGUUAAUUGAUGAAGUGUCAGGGUGCAUCUUGAUUGCACAGCUAAGAAGUAUGAACAGCAUGUGCCCCAUCAGUUACCCACAAUUAGUCACGGCGGUUUACACAAACGUGAACACCAACUGGAUUCUGUAAAGGCAGAGAAUGUGGCUGUCUUAAAAUGAGCAAUGGUACUGAGAAUUUGUAGGCUGCUUCCUUAAAAACAAAAUCAAGCUCCCCCCCCCUUUACACAUUAAACAACCCUGGCAGUAAGCAAACUGGAAUGGGCUAGAUUUUCUUCUUUUAUAAACUCUCUCUUUCUCAAGUACUGGCAGCGUACGGUAUCUGUUUUGACCUCAAGGUCCGGCCAAGUACGAUCUUUUUCUCGAGAGAUUUCUUGGUUGCUUCAGUUUGCAUUCUUGCAGAAGCAGGAGAGGAGGAAACAACUUUAUUUUAAAAAGCAAAAAUGGUAUGCCAACAGGAGAACCAAAGUUCUACCCAUGUCUGCUAUGGAAAUAGGACACUCUCACUGGUUCUGUGUAAGGCGUUUGGUUUAAGCUCUACCGGAGACGCUCAAUACGCUCCUUGGAUGCUGCAGUGAGGAGAAGCCAGAGAGAACGAAGUCUCACUAGACCCCAUGUAAAGCAUUUAACGACAUAAAGCUUUUGUGAUUUCAAUGGGGAUACUUUUAGGCUCCAUUUCUUCUGGAUUAUAUGCAGUGUGUUGAUUGAUGCUGCUUGUGUAUCAUCUCUCUGAUGCAUACACAAUGGAAAACAGACAUUGCAACUGUAAUGUGUAAAAGCAGUGUAAACUCUCCUUGAAACGAAAUUCACUUCAAUUUGAAUGUAACGUACGUAGCAGCAAAACCCACAUUGUCCAGUGAUUUCCAAGCUGAUCAGACAUUACAAAGGCACUGAAAUCAAUGUGAAUCCCCCAAAAAUAAGUAUUAGACCAGUCUUUGAUAUUAAAAAAGAAAAUGCAGGCCCACAUGCAAAGAACUUAAAAAUUGCAAAAUCUCUGUAACUCUGCAGCACCUUCUUUUGGUGGGGCCAUCACUGCACAUCCCAGUUGAACAGGAACUCAAGCGCUUGGCUGGCUUUGUAUCUCCCCCACCCCCACCCCCACCACAACUACUGAAAGGAUGAUGCCCAGCCUAAGGCCACCAAGCUAGUUGUGGUUAGGAUGCCUUUUAUUCCUUCCCACCUCCUGGCUUUUAAGCCUUCUGAACCAGGCAGGUGCCUCCUCCUCUUAACCCUGGUUGGGCCAGUUCAAAGGAAGGACUAAAAUGGCCAGCAAAGAGCCGUGCAGAACCUCUCUCUGCCCAGGCAAGCAGCUUCUGUUUCCCCUUUUGUGUUCAUCGGCACUUCUUGGUCUCCACUUCAGCCAUAGCUGUAGAGCAGACAUGAGCAGGCACCCAGUUUAUCCUCUUGAUUUGGUUCCUUUUUACGAAAACCAAGACCCAGAGCCCAGGGCAAAAGAGGGAGCACUAAGAAUGCCAAGCCAGAGGGACUCAGAGAACAGCCCCCAAACUCUGUUUCCAGGGCCAGAACACAAGUCACAGCCUUUCUGCAGAAAAAUGUGUGCCUGCCGAUUCCUAAGCGUUAUUGAUUUUAGCAGUCUAAUUUAGGAGUGAAAGGCAAUCUGUCGUGGCCAUUAUUAAAUAACGGGGAGUCAGAAACCGUGACCAAUCUACCUAAUGCAGAUCACCUUGCCAUCAGCUAAAACGCCCCCAGCCUACAUUCUGGCCACCCCUGCGGUGUAAAACCAGACGCCGCAAGAGGCGGCAGCUGCUCUUGCCCUCCUUUCUUGGCAGCCUCGAUCAAACGGCGCUUCCAAUUGUUAUUUCUGCUCCUGUGCCAGACCCCUGAAGGGUAGUGCAGCUGUUCAGCUUGUAACGGCACAAACAGAAUACAUGCAAAUUAUUUCCCUGAGCACCUUUGGGGAGCAACGUGUUUUAAUUCCAUAGCCUGCCUCAAUAAACUCCCCUCAUUCUCAGGUAACCAAAAUAACGGAGUUUAUUUUUGGAAACGCCUGAGCAGCCACCAUAUCGCAAAGAGACUUCCCCUGUCAAGAUUCAUCUGGGCUGGGGAAUUUUUCAAACUCAAAAAUACUUGCUCCUGCGCAAUCGUGCCAGCCCUCAGCCAACAUGGAACCCGACAAGCCAGUAGAGGCCAACUCUGUGCCUUCACAAAUGAGGAGGUUCACAAGCCAGGCUUCCUAACAGGGCCAUGUUAUUAUUUAUUUUUUAUUUAUUUGACUUAUAUCCCGCCCAUCUAGCAUAGUCUACCACUCUGGGCAGCUAACAACAAACAUAUAUACAAUUAAAAUAAUAUAAAUCAUUGAUAUCAUUAGUAACAAAACAUUCCAAAAGAUGACAAAUGAUAGAUAGCCAAGCGAAAGGAAGUUAAAUGCUGGCAGGAGGGAAGGCCUGGAUGUAAAGCCAUGUUUUUAGUUGAGUUUUAAAUGUACCCAGCAUAG